AUUAAGGGAUGCACCAAUCGUGGAAUGCAGAAGGGCUCUGUUGAUGAAGAUGUUUUAUUGACACUACAUGUUGUAGCAGCUCUAUCUCAGUGGCAACUGGAAGUGAUUGGGCAAGUUCAAAGUGGUGUUCACUGGACAAUGCGGAUAAAGAACUGGCUUUUAGCUUCCAGCUUCCAGCUUCAUAGCAUCCCAUCGCAGACCUGCUCGCACUCGAAGGCCACCGAGUUCUACGCCGAGUCGGUGCGCGAGUGCGACUUACCGACGCGCUCGUGCAAGAGCUACGCCGACUUCGUGGCCGGCAAGUGCGCGCCCAGCUGCGAGGACGGCCGCACCUGCGGGCUCAUGGGCCACCCGGCCAGAGUGCCGCUGGCCGGCCACCACUUCACGAAGACCACGAAGCAGCAGUGCCCGUCCCGGACCAUUGGCUACGACCUGCGGGUCCAGACCACGCCUCGGAGAAUGGACCCGGACGCGAUGCUGGUGAACUCGCUGUGACGUUCGGCGCAGAUCCUGCUCAAAGAUGCCACUCCCGAAGAACGUCGGGUACUGCUGGACGCGCUCAUAGAGGAGAUGGCUGUGCGUGCCGGUGAGCGGUCCCCGUAUGAUGGACAACAGUGGGACUGACCACUAGAUCGACCGCUAGCUAACACACACUCACACACACACACACACACACACACACACACACACACACACACACACACACACACACACACACACACACACACACAAACACAAACACACAGACUGUCCCGUUGUAGAAGCUUUACCGCGCGUUUGUACUUUAAUAAGUGCGUAAGUUGGGAAAUUCGAAACUAAAGGUCGCCUCGUGAUGCCGGACCUGGCACCAUCGACAUUAUCGCGAGACCACGACCGAGCAGAAUUUGCUGUCACUUUGUAGCAAUAAUCGUAAAUAAUCGGCCUUUUAAAUUCUGCGGGACUUUCUCACAUUGAGGCGAAGCCCUGCCCUUUGUGUAUAGUUCAACAGACAGGGCAUACACUUCUAACCACGUAUAAGUUUUCUGGAUUUGUAGAGACAGUACCGUUUCCGUCGGCUCACUCGACAACACGGGCAAGAACAGCGGGGUGCACAGGGACUAACUGUUUCCGUUCUUCCACCCGUUGCUCUCUUUCUGACCAAAGACUACACACUUGUCGUCGUGUGUUAAGGGAUCGGGGAGUGACAGUGCGCGACACCAGUGGUUUACAUAACGGGAGUGGUGCGGCGAGGACAACUUAACAUCGAGAACGAAUGAACGAGCGCAGGAAUACCGCGACGACGCGAUAUCUCACGCGUCGUCGGAACACAAUACAAAGAAGAAAGCGACCAUUAGGGACCAUGCACGAUAGUAGGUGUAAAAGAAGAAGAAGAAGAGAGGCACUGGAAGAUGUUGGAAAUAAGCUGAUAGGUUCGGGACAACAGUGUGGCGAUGGAAGCAUGGGGACAAUCAACUCUGGAGGUGGUUCAGCAUCUACUAGUUCCCCCUCCCACCGACUCUGCUUGUGGCAACUAUACUAUACGAGAUUCAGAAAUUGAAGACGCAGAACAUAACUCACGGGCUUAAAAAAAAAAGAAGAAAAGAAAGAAAGAGCUAUGUCGACUAUCAGUGCGGAUUCUCCCCCAUUUUCCCAUACGAAAUCUAAGAAAUGCCGGUCUAAGUUUACUUUCAAGGAAAGGUCAUCGAAGACGUCUCUUUCGACUGCAGUAUCUUAUUUAUCAUAGAAUCGUUAAAGGUACUUCAGUGGAACUGCCGCUCAAUAUUAUCAGCUGUCUAUAUCAAUAUUAUCAGAUCUGUUUUAUCUUACUAACCAACUUAAUCCAGAUAUGAUAACAAUACAGGAAACUUUGUUGGCGAUGGCGAAAAAUUUCCCUUUAAGAUUCUUGCAGCUCUUUUUUUGGCUAGACCAACCGAAAGAGAGGGUGGACUAAUAAUAUUUAUUUCUCCUAAAAUAUGUCAUAAAGCUAAAUUUAUAUUUGAACUGAUGAAUGAGUGCGAAAUUUUGGCUGCAGAACUCAUUCUUCCUGAUUAUGGCCCACUUGAUAUCGUAAAUACUUAGUUCCCUUCCGGUGUGCUGGACACUAGCUCGCUUGACAGUGUUCUAGCUCGCUGUGGACGUGCUCUCUUAUUUAAUCGGGAUUUCAAUUCAUAUCAUGUUACAUGGCGUUUAAAGACAGAUUCGUGCGGUAACCGCUCGUAGAAAUGGUCAUUAAGCAAUAAUCUUUCUUGUGAAAACUUACGGUCAACUAAAUUUGUGCCUGGACAAAAUCAGUCUUCAAUCGAUCUCAUAUUCUCUAAUCGUUGUCUCUCUGUGCCUUCGAGGUCGGCUAUCGAUUUUGCCUCUAAUAAUGAUCAUGUGCCACUAUUCUUUGAAAUAGCCUGCUCUAUUACAUAUACGGAUAACCAUGUUCGAACUUUUGUAAACUACAAUACCUUCAAGAAGUCUUUGCGGUCUGUGCUUUAAUCCUUGUCGGAUGCUUCGAGUGAACAAAAAACGAAGGUUAUUUAUUCUUCCCUUGAAAAGCCUAGCAAACAAUCGGAAUUUGCAGUUCGAUCUGGUAAAGGUUACUCCUAGAGUCCUUGGCGGAAUACCGACUGUUCACGUGAUUAUGAAAGAAGAAAAGUAGCCUGAAAAAAGUUGCUAUAUAACCAGUGUCCAAAAAAUUAUAGGGAUUAUAAAUUCUACAGAACCGUAUUUAAACAUAUUGUUCCUAAAGCAAACUAUGACUGUGAUUGCAAACAUUUCGAUUAUCUAUCAAAAUGUAAAAACAAGCAUACUUUUCAAUUAAUUUCGUAGCAGAAACAUAGUGCCGUGACCGACUGAAAUUAAACCGAUGGUUCCCACUGGAGCAGAAAUGACUAAAAUGACAGAAGAAAUCGCGAAGAGUUUAAAUAGUUGAUUCACUUCCUUAUUAUCUCCAUGUACCAAGUUACGAAUCCGGUCAGAUGAUUUUACCGAGAACAUUAUGCUGGAACUAGCUGCCAUAUUCCGCCCCUGGCGUGGACGGAGUAACGCCGAAGGGUUAAACAUUUUAUUCAAGGCGUUUCCAGAUGACCUUUUAGGCGUAAUAAACUAUUCUAUUCCGUUUUCGUGGAUACCUUCCAGUUGGAAACUCGCUAAAAUUAUUCCGGUUCUUAAGAAUAACGGAGACGGAUUCAUGCUGGACAAUCGACCAAUAACUCUAACCUCACAUUUGGUUAGAUUAAUAGAAAGGAUUCUGAAUAUUCGUCUUGUGAAAAUUAGUGGAGUACAAAGAUGCACCCAGCCCUUGUCAAUUUGGUUACAGAUCUUUCUGUUCCCUUUGGCAAAUUCAUGUGGACCUGGAAAACCGCAUAGAUGUAGCAAAACGCCAGAGACAAGUGCAGCUCUAGUAACGUUGGAUAAAUCAAAAGUCAAUGAUAUUGUAGAUUCGAUCAACUAACGUUGAUUUGCCAAAAUAUAUAAUAAAAUAAUGACAGAAUUUUAUGGUUCUGUGAAAUGAUUUUCUUCAAAUGGGCAUAAACACUAGCGUGGGGUUCCACAAGGAGCUGUCACUUCACCUUUAUUGUUUUAACAUAUUACUAAGCUCUUUGCUUUGUCAUAAUGGCAUAUACACAUAUGUACAUCACAUGUACACACAUCGCGUUUUCUGCAUCAGACAACGACAUCCACUGUUUAUGUAGCCGAGUGCAAACAUGCCUGUGCGCCAUAGGAAACUGGUUACAUAACAUUCGCCUCUCUCUUAACAUCAGAAAAUGCUGAAUAAUAGUUCUUCCUAUAAGAGAUCGAAUACACAUAGAGCUUACCUACCGCCAGCGGAAUAUACCUCAGGUAGACUCGGCAAAGAACCUUGGCAUAAUAUAUGAUAACCAGCUUAGUUGGCGCAAAUACAUUGAAUGUACAAAAAAAUAAGGAGUGUGAACGGUUUGACUGCUAAGAAGGCUUGGCAACAGUCGACCGGGGAUGCGGAGAGACUGUCUUGUGAGGAUUUAUAAAAUGUCCUACAGCCAAUUCUGGAAUUUUGAUGCGUUCAAUAUUGAGGUGUGCUGGCAUGCAAAUUACAUCCCUUGUUCUUCCGCAACGGGAAGCUUUACGCCUGUGCCUCGGUUUACCAAAGUUCGUUGCCAUGCACUAUACCUAGAUGCACGCCUACCGUGUCUUUUGUGUAGAUUUCGGCUGUUAACUGUCCAAACGCUCUUAAAUAUGUACGAGUCCAGAUAGAUCUCCAGAUUGUAUUUGACGACGUACAUCCAAACAACGCGAAACUACUUUCUUACGAUAUAAUAAAUGAGGUGUUAGAAAAUCAUUUAUUGGAGCUAAAAAUAAAAACGCCGUCAGAGCGAGAGAUGCAUCACAAUCACAAGAAAAAUCGGGAAUUUUAAUUUUCUCUUCCGUUUUAUACUGGUCGUUCUCUUUAAGACUUCCUAAUUACAUGCCAGUAUUUUUAGCUGAGUUUCUGGCAGUUACACUGGCUUCACGAAAAGUGAACUCCUCAAUCUGUGUAGUCGUAGUAGUGGGGGAUUCUUUAACUUUA